AGCAAAACAAUGUAAAAGGUCCUAAGUCAAAAAUGUAAACAAAUCGGAUUAUUGCAUAAAAUACAUAAGGAUAACUUCCUUUACACAUAAAAAAUACAACAUCCCUCAAAAGUUCACAAAAUUUGUAUGGUAUUUCAUUUUUUGAUAAGGGCUCAAUUCGGUGUUGGUUUGUUGUUGUUUAUUAUUUCGUGUUAGUCUUCCACCACAAGAGGCCGAAUACGUAAAUAAACAUCAUCAUUAGGUCAACUGAGUUAGGGCUUUGUGUUUUGAGGACCUAUGUGGAAAAUGGAACGGCUGCUGUCAAAAAAGUGUUUUGCCUCGUGUUUUAAGCUCGCCGCCUCGCUCGCUGCCUUUUUUGGAGAAAAAAUCAAUGUAAAAUUUACAUUUAAUUAUGGAUUUCGAUCUUUUUAGCAAUUUCGAUUUAUUGCUAGGUAAGAUUACCAACAUUUAUUAUAUUAUUUUCAUGUAAACUUUAUGAAACAGCUUGCUUUCUGGAGGAAUAAUAGUAGGAGUAGGAGAAACCGAUCACCAUAAAAUGGAAUGAUAAUUUAACCGAUAUUUUAUGUUCUAUUUCCAGAAGCAGCUCAAAUGAUGCUGGACGCUUCUGUAGCGGAUGAGACCGAUGUGUCCAGCGUAAACCAGACAAGCGAAAGCACACUGACGGCAACAGACAUUGACUUAACCCAUGCCUAUGCCGAGCGACGGAAGCCAUUCAAGAAUAUUACCAACAGUGACGUCAGCACUCUCAGUGCCUACAGCGAACGAUCAUCCAGCAAGCAACCAUCCAGCAGUGGUGUGCUAGACACAACACAACAGUCCGUGAAGCGAACCAAUGCUAGUCUCGAUACGUCAGCCCGAGGAGCACCGGAAGCAUCGCGUCAGCGGCUCAACCUUACGCAGGAACCGCAGCUGAAACGCGAACGUUCUGGAGUGUCAGUUACAAGCCUCAACAGCAGCGGCCGAUCAAAUGAACGCGGUCCAACGUCGCAUAACGACGCCCAGGAUUCUCAGCUGAAGCGCACUAGUUUCACCGCAAACAGCAGCCUCGAUACGUCAGCCCGAGGAGCACCGGAAGCAUCGCGUCAGCGGCACAACCUUACGCAGGAACCCCAGCUGAAACGCGAACGUUCUGGAGUGUCAGUUACAAGCCUCAACAGCAGCGGCCGAUCAAAUGAACGCGGUCCAACGUCGCAUAACGACGCCCAGGAUUCUCAGCUGAAGCGCACUAGUUUCGCCGCAAACAGCAGCCUCGAUACGUCAGCCCGAGGAGCACCGGAAGCAUCGCGUCAGCGGCACAACCUUACGCAGGAACCCCAGCUGAAACGCGAACGUUCUGGAGUGUCAGUUACAAGCCUCAACAGCAGCGGCCGAUCAAAUGGACGCGUUCUACUUUCGCUUAACGCCACCCAGAACACUCAGCUGAAGCGUACACGUGUCGGAGUGUUGGUUACAAGUUUCAACAGCGGCCGGUCAAUCGGACAUGGCUCACCAUCGGCUUCGCUAAUCGGAAGCCCUGAAAAGGAUGGUGAAGCCGAAGACAUCGCAGCAAUCAGUCCAAUACGGCGUAAGCUGUCUGCGCAUCAACUGGAAUUUACGACGAACACACAUAAGGAAGCUAAAGAAACAUCUAACAACCUGCCCGCUCCCAAACGUCUCCCUACAACGUCAUCCCCAAAUAGGCGUGAGUUUCCGGAUGAAGACCCUUUUGGGGACAUCACAGUGAUUAGCAGAAACAACUGCUUAUUCGAUGAUGCUGGUUUUGAAGACGCAGAGGACGAAGACGAAGGCAGCGAAGAACACCCGGAAGAAGCAGAAUAUGACGCCGAAGUAGACGUGGAAAGUGAUGGAGAGGAGUCAACACCGUACGUGAUACACGUGAGCCUCGUGGAACAGUACUUUAUGCCGUACGCGAACCUAAGUCUCUUCGACGACCAUGACCCGCUGGAAACGAUCGACCCACUGCAAACGAACGCAAGUACAUCUGAAAGUGUAAUCGUGCCCAAGAGAAAACUAAACGACAACCUCGGUGGACACGUUGACGCUGCAACUGCCCAUAGCGCAGCACCUACGACGACGCUGAACGUGCCAGCCGGAGAUUUCAAAGACUUGAACAUCGACGCGAUCCAAAAGAAACAAAAGAAAAAGACAACAAGCAAUCGAGAUCUUCGAGCAAAGGGUUUGCCAUACCUUCGCCGGAACGGAACGAUGGCUCCGGCAAGACAACUUAAAACACCAUGCGAGUGCAAGAAGCUUAAGUGCCACGAAACGUUUUCGGAUGAGAUGCGAGCGCUAUUUUUCAAGACUUUUCUAAAGUUAACUUCCUCUGCACAGAACCAGUUUUUGAGCAAUCAUGUGCUCAUUAAGCUCGUUGCGUACCACAAUGUUGUUAACUCUCGACGAACGUAUACAUACACAUAUUACCUGCCUGCCUGCGGAGGAAUGUUGCGCGUUUGCAAGAAAAUGUUUCUAUCAACAUUCUAA